AACUCUUCUCCCUCUUUCAAAUUAGCAGACUUAGACAAAGUCUUCGCUGCUUUUUCCUCGAAGGAUACUAAUGACCGUUGCUUUAUGCUAUUUAAUAUCUGAUUUUCUUUAGGAGAGGAACCAACGAUUCUCUUCUUCUUCUGUUUUCUCAUUCUUUUUCUGUGACAGUCACAACCAUAAGCCUUAGUGUAAAAAAAAAACAAAGAAGAAAAAUCUAAGAAUCAAGAACGAGAGAUGGAUUACGAUCCAGCUCACGCAAUGAGCAGAGGAGGCAGCAUGCGUCGAAGCAUAAGCCGUAGCGUGAGCAGAGCAAGCAAAAACCUAGAAGACAUAUUCUCCCCAAGCUCAAGAAGAACCAAAUCAGUCAACGAAGACGAAGAAGCUCUCAAAUGGGCAGCCAUCGAGAAACUCCCAACCUACAGCCGUCUCCGUACAAGUCUCAUGCCUGCCCUAGGAGAAGAAGAAGACCUCUACGGCAACCAAAUCCUCAACAAAGAAGUCGACGUCACCAAGCUAGACGGCGAGGAGCGUGCCAAGUUCAUCGACAUGGUCUUCAAAGUCGCGGAGCAGGACAACGAGAGGAUCUUGACGAAGCUGAGGAACAGGAUCGAUAGAGUUGGGAUAACGCUUCCGACAGUGGAAGUUAGGUACGAGAAUUUGACUGUGAAGGCUGAUUGUUAUACUGGUGAUAGGUCUCUUCCUUCGCUUACUAACACGGUGAGGAACAUGGGAGAGUCUCUUCUUGGUUUGGUUGGGAUCCAUCUUGCUAAGAAGGCGCAGCUUACGAUUCUUAAAGAUGUUUCUGGGAUUGUUAAACCUUCGAGGAUGACGCUUUUGUUGGGUCCUCCUUCUUCUGGGAAGACAACGCUUUUGUUGGCUCUUGCUGGGAAGCUAGACAAGUCUCUUGAGAUCUCUGGUGAUGUUACUUAUAAUGGUUACAAACUCAACGAGUUUGUUCCUAUUAAAACCUCUGCUUAUAUUAGUCAGAACGAUCUCCAUGUUGGUAUCAUGACCGUUAAGGAGACUCUUGAUUUCUCUGCUCGGUGUCAAGGCGUUGGUACCCGUUAUGAUCUAUUAAACGAGCUUGCGAGGAGAGAAAAGGACGCUGGGAUUUUUCCUGAAGCUGAUGUUGACUUGUUCAUGAAGGCAUCUGCUGCUCAAGGUGUCAAGAGUAGUCUCAUCACUGACUACACUCUCAAAAUUCUAGGGCUUGAUAUUUGCAAGGACACUAUAGUUGGAGAUGACAUGAUGAGAGGUAUCUCAGGAGGUCAGAAGAAGCGUGUGACAACCGGUGAGAUGAUCGUUGGACCAACUAAGACGCUGUUCAUGGAUGAAAUAUCCACAGGGCUUGACAGCUCCACAACUUUCCAAAUCGUGAAAUGUUUGCAACAGAUUGUUCACCUCACUGAAGCCACCGUGGUCAUAUCUCUUCUGCAGCCUGCUCCUGAGACGUUUGAUUUAUUCGAUGAUAUAAUCUUAUUGUCGGAAGGACAGACUGUGUACCAAGGACCUAGAGAACACAUUGUUGAGUUCUUUGAGAGCUUUGGCUUCAAGUGCCCUGAAAGAAAAGGAACAGCUGAUUUCUUACAAGAGGUUACCUCUAAGAAAGACCAAGAGCAGUACUGGGUGGAUCCAAACAGACCUUACAGAUACAUAACAGUACCUGAAUUCGCCACCAAAUUCAAAACGUUCCACGUCGGUAACAAACUCUCCAACGAGCUAUCAGUACCGUUCGAUAAAUCCAAAGGACACAAAGCAGCUCUAGUGUUCGACAAAUACUCAGUAAAGAAGUCAGAGCUUCUCAAAACCUGUUGGGACAAAGAAUGGAUGCUCAUGAAACGAAACUCCUUCUUCUACGUCUUCAAAACAGUCCAAAUCAUCAUCAUCGCUGCGAUCUUGUCUACCGUUUUCCUCAGAACAGAGAUGGACACAAGGAACGAAGCUGACGGGAACAUGUACAUGGGUGCACUCCUGUUCGGUCUGAUUGUCAACAUGUUCAACGGUCUUGCUGAGAUGGCUAUGACGAUACAGAGACUUCCCGUGUUCUACAAGCAAAGAGAUCUUUUGUUUCAUCCUCCUUGGACAUACACGUUACCUACUUUCUUGCUAGGGAUACCAAUCUCAAUCUUUGAGACUACUGCAUGGAUGGGUGUGACGUAUUACUCUAUAGGAUUUGCACCUGCGGCUGAAAGUUUCUUCAAACAGUUCCUUAUUAUAUUUUUAAUCCAACAAAUGGCUGCUGGGAUAUUCAGGUUCAUUGCAUCUAUCUGUAGAACAAUGACUAUAGCUAACACUGGUGGUAUGCUGGCUUUACUAGUCGUGUUCUUGACCGGAGGUUUCCUUCUUCCUCGCCGUGAGAUCCCGGUUUGGUGGAGGUGGGCCUUUUGGGCUUCUCCACUUUCAUAUGGUUUCAAUGCCAUCACCGUUAAUGAAAUGUUUGCUCCUAGAUGGAUGAAUAAAAUGUCUUCAGACAACAGUACGAGGUUAGGGACAGCGAUGCUUAACAUGUGGGAUGUGUUUGAUGAUGAGAACUGGUACUGGAUAGGCAUUGGAGGCGUGUUUGGUUUUGCUGUCCUCUUCAACGGUCUUUUCACACUUGCACUUGCUUAUUUAGACCGUAAGUUUCCGUUUUUAGUAUUACUUCUGCUACCAGCUCAUAAAAAUACUAACAUGUCUUCUAUGUAUAUCAUAACAGCACUUGGGAAGCCACAAGCUAUACUCCCAAAAGAAGAAGAUGAAUCCAAAAAGGAGAUUCAAAUGGAGAAUGUGAACACAAAGAAAGGAAUGGUUCUUCCUUUCACUCCACUAGCUUUGUCCUUUGACGAUGUUAAAUACUAUGUUGACAUGCCUGCGGAAAUGAGAGACCAAGGAGUUCAAGAAACAAGGCUGCAACUACUAAAAGGAGUAACAAGCACGUUUAGGCCAGGAGUGUUAACCGCAUUGAUGGGCGUGAGUGGUGCAGGGAAGACAACACUGAUGGACGUUUUGGCCGGGAGAAAAACAGGAGGAUACAUAGAAGGAGAUAUAAGAGUGUCUGGUUUCCCCAAGAAACAAGAAACAUUCGCUAGAAUCUCUGGUUACUGUGAACAAACAGACAUUCAUUCUCCACAAGUUACAGUAAGAGAAUCACUUAUCUUCUCUGCUUUCCUUCGCCUUGCUAAAGAAGUAAGCAAAGAGGAGAAAAUGAUGUUUGUGGAUCAAGUGAUGGAGCUUGUGGAGUUGGUUGACUUAAGAGACGCCAUUGUGGGUUUACCUGGAGUCACAGGACUUUCCACUGAACAGAGAAAGAGGUUAACAAUAGCUGUUGAGCUUGUGGCUAACCCUUCAAUCAUCUUCAUGGACGAGCCUACUUCAGGGUUGGAUGCUAGAGCAGCUGCCAUUGUGAUGAGAGCUGUGAGGAACACAGUGGACACAGGGAGAACUGUUGUCUGCACCAUUCACCAACCUAGCAUUGAUAUCUUUGAGGCGUUUGAUGAGUUACUACUAAUGAAGAGAGGAGGACAAGUUAUAUACUCUGGUCCUUUAGGUAAAGACUCUCACAAGAUUGUUGAGUACUUUGAAGCUAUUCCUGGAGUGCCAAAGAUUCCUGAAAAGUACAAUCCAGCCACUUGGAUGCUUGAAGCUAGCUCCCUUGCUGCUGAGAUGAAGCUUGGUGUUGACUUUGCUGAGCUUUACAAGUCUUCUUCCUUAUGCGAGCGAAACAAGCAGCUGGUACAAGAACUAAGCGUGCCACCACAAGGAGCAUCAGAUCUCUACUUUGCUACACAGUUUUCACAGAACACAUGGGGACAAUACAAAUCAUGUCUAUGGAAACAAUGGUGGACUUACUGGAGAUCACCAGACUACAACGUUGUCCGGUUCAUCUUCACUUUAGCAACAGCUCUUAUGAUCGGUUCUGUCUUUUGGCAAAUAGGAGGCAAAAGAUCAAACGUACAGGAUCUAACAAUGGUGUUAGGAGCAAUCUAUUCAGCAGUUAUAUUCGUUGGAGUAAACAACUGCUCCACAGUGCAACCAAUGGUGGCAGUGGAACGUACAGUGUUCUACAGAGAGAAAGCAGCUGGAAUGUACUCAGCUAUACCAUAUGCUAUCUCCCAAGUAACCUGUGAGCUACCUUAUGUCUUCAUCCAGACAACAUACUACUCCCUCAUCGUCUACGCAAUGGUUGGAUUCGAGUGGAAAGCUUCAAAGUUCUUGUGGUUCCUCUUCAUCAACUACACUUCUUUCCUCUACUGGACUUACUAUGGCAUGAUGACUGUCUCCCUCACACCUAACCAGCAAGUUGCUUCUAUCUUUGCAUCAGCCUUUUAUGGUAUCUUUAACCUCUUCUCUGGCUUCUUUAUCCCAAGACCUAAGAUCCCCAAAUGGUGGAUAUGGUAUUACUGGAUCUGCCCUGUCGCUUGGACCAUAUACGGUUUGAUUACUUCUCAGUACGGUGACGUUGAGACUCUUAUUGCUAUGCCUGGUGGUCCUCCUGAUCUCACUGUGAAACGGUACCUUAAAGACCAAUAUGGUUUUGAGUCAAGCUUCAUGGGACCUGUUGCAGCUGUUCUUGUUAUCUUCCCUGUCUUCUUUGCCUUUGUCUUUGCCUUCUGUAUUAGGACUCUCAACUUCCAGACUAGAUAAAACCUCUCUGCUCCUCUGUAUUUUUUUUUCUUUUCUGGUGUGAAAUAUUUGCUGCAAUAAAGCUCUUUCUUCUUUUAUUAUUCAUGAUACUGAAAUUUGAGAUAAUAUAAAUAAUAUGUUAAUUACCACAUGAGGUUGUUUUCUAGU